AUGCUGGUGGAGGCCGGUGCACCCCUCGAGGUUGCCACCAAACAGCAGCUUUGCACGCCGCUUCAGAUUGCUGCUGUCAACGGAUGCGCCGCGUCCAUGACAACAUUACUCGAGGCCGGCGCGAAUCUCAACAGCCGUCGGUUUGAUGGGGCAACGCCGCUAUUUUUGGCGGCGUGGGAAGGGAACGUGGAUGCGGUAAGGCUGCUACUUCUUGCGAAGGUAGACCCGCUCUUGACCCCCCACCUUGGUACGUCUGAAAGGGCCUCCCUCCCGUUGGACGUUGCGGCGGGUCUUGGACACCUGGAAGUGGUAAACGAGCUGAUCCGGCAGGUUGGCAUCGGCGGAUGUGGUGGCUCAAGCGGAGGUGUACGUGCUCUCCAGCAGGCCGCUCGGAACAAACAUUUGGACAUGCUGACUGUUCUAACCAACGCCGGAGUGGUAGACACAGGAUUAGCGCGCGGCCGCCGCAUUUGGAGGCGUGGCCCCCUUGAAGUUUCUGUUGGAGCAGGCAAGGGCGAGGAAAACCACGGGUGGACCUGCGUAUGUGAACACCCACAGCGGUGUCGGUUUGACGCCAUUGCUUGUUGGCAUCAGCGAUGCCGCCCCAGAGUUGUGCGGUUGCUUGUCGAAGCGGGAGCGGACACGACAUCCACGGUUCCAAUCGACGGCCUACCUGGUACGGACAACAUCACACCCAUGGGUCUCACGAUGCUUCUCCUCCAUGAUUUGGGAACUGAACCAUUGACAGAGGAGCAGCUGAAUGCCCUAGAGGCCAUACACCGCUUGCUGCUGCGAGUGGAGGCACUUCACGCGGUCUCUUGGCUGUGGUCUAGCGAUAUCUGCAACUGCACCUAUUCUACGGCACAGGGCACCGACCGGACGACGUCGAAAUCGACAGCUGGAACACCGCUCGUGUUGACGAUGAGGCAAAGGGCUCGAUCUAAAGAGCGUGAGGUUCCUUUGGCGGCCCUGUUGAGGUAUUCGUCAAAGCCAUGA